UCUAGCUGCUGGUGCAUGCAAAAAUGCAUCCUGCACCAGCUGAUGGAGAAAGCGCGUUGUGAGUAGAAUUUAGGUUUCCUUUGAUUUCGAUGCUUACCUCGCGAAUAGGCAUUCCGUUACCCAACGAAAGAUCGCGCCUACAGCUCGCCGAUUAACCAAUCACCCGCCCAGAUUGUUGGCAGAGGCGUGCACUGAUAUCAUCUCACUGAUAGCAGGACAGGACGUGCUACUUACGGUUCUUAUCCAGGGUAUCCAGGCUGCAUGAUAUCCGAGGAGUUGGCCAUAUAGUAUCGGGCGCUUUACCAUUUCUCCAAUUCUCAUUGCAGUGCCAUGGCAAACUAUAGACCGCGUGGGGCGAUCGCCAAAGUGUUCUUCGAUCGUAUCCACAACGACGACGUUAUACAGCAGAUCGAUAUGAUGACGUGGUACACGAUGAGCAAACUGCCCCGAAAGUAUGGCUGCCUUUACCACAAUCUGAACGGGCCCGAUGCACUAACGCUCGAAUGGCUGGAACGGUCGAAGAAGACGUCGGGCCGCAUUUGGCUGCAACUAUGCCACGAAAUUGCCAAACUGUUUCUCAAUAUGUUUAUGACGCAAACCGAUAUCAACGGGUUUCUGAAGCGAGGCUCAAUGUUCAUCCUCUCGGAAGCACAAUUUGACGAAUUUCUGACGGCCGGCGGAUUCUUUGAGCACCGCGAAAGGCAAUCAAUGCUCAGCAUCUGUGACAUUGGAGCCGGUGAUGGCGAGGUGACGCAACGGUUGGUCCGUACUCUGCAACAAAAAUCCAACUGGCUGCUGACGACAUACGCCACUGAAUCUAGUUGGACCAUGAGGAACCGACUGAACGAAAAGAACUUUGUCGUUCUGGAAAAUCUGAAUCAACUGCAACAUGCGGAUCUCAUCGUUUGCUUUAAUGUGCUCGACCGAUGCUUCGAUCCACACGUGAUGCUAAGCGAAAUCUACCAAUCACUGGAUCAGACGGGCUUUGCGUUGAUUGCACUAGUGCUACCUUAUAGCCAUUAUGUAGAGAAGAACUCAAGCCAUCUACCUCUGCGUACCUUGCUCGAACCGUGGCCCCCCGCUAAACGGCUCUCGGUAGAGGAGGAGUUGGAAAUGUUUUUCGAUGUGCUGCAGGCGGUCGGCUUUAAAAUACGAUUAUGGACGAAGGCACCGUACCUGUGCGAAGGAGACCUGCGCCAGUCGUUCUACUGGCUUACCGAUUACGUUGUACUGUGUUCAAAAUAAAUAAUGCAAUCAUUCCACAGAAUCCACAGAGUUGAUCCGAGUCCAAAUGGCCUCCAUCAUUGCAGCCACGUAUUAUCAGCUGGCGAUAAAAAAAAACUCUCGAAUGCAACAGGAAAACGUUUAAAUAGUAGAAUUGUAUUUUCCUCAGUUUCGUACGUUGCUCGGAAUGGUAAUGAUUGUAAACUUGAAUACUUUUCUACCACAACACAUGAUAUAUAGUAAAA